AUGGAGUACGAUUAUUUUGAACAAGAUACUCUAGGCAUGACGCUAACAACAGGGAUGUGCGUGUUGAAGAAAGAUGAUAAGAAUCUGAUCGGAAUUAGUAUCGGUGGAGGAUUUCCAUACUGCCCGUGCGUGUAUAUUGUACAAGUAUUUGAAAACACACCUGCAUCGAUAGAUAAAUCCAUAGCAUCAGGAGAUGAAAUUGUUUCUAUCAAUGGCAAAUCUGUGAAAGGACGAACAAAAGUUGAAGUUGCGAAAAUGAUUCAAGCUUCUCCAGUGGAAGUGACAAUUCAUUACAAUAAGUUACAUGCUAAACCCAAAGAAGGGAAAACAUUGGAUAUCGUGUUAAAAAAGGUCAAACAUCGUCUGGUUGAAACCAUGAGUUCAUCAACAGCUGAUGCCCUAGGUCUUAGUCGUGCCAUCUUAUUAAACGAUAGUUUGAUUAAGAAACUGUCUGAACUCGAUCGAACAGCUGAUUUGUACCGUGGACUUAUUAGACAUACACGAGCUGUACUCAAAGGCAUAUUUGAUCUAGCUCAUAUUCAUCGUGCGUUUGGCGAUGCAUUUGCCAAUAUUGGUGCGCGAGAACCUCAACCAAAAGCAUCUGAAGCAUUCACAACAUUUGGCGAGGCUCAUCGACAAAUCGAUCGAUUUGCAUUGACAUUACUUGCAACUGUCAAACCGAUGAUCAAUGAUCUGAACACAUAUCUAACAAAAGCUAUUCCUGAUACUCGUUUAACAAUCGAGAAAUACGCCGAUGCUAAAUUUGAAUACCUCUCAUACUGUUUGAAAGUAAAAGAAAUGGACGAUGAAGAACAAUCUUAUGCAAUGCUGGAUGAGCCACUGUAUCGUGUCGAAACUGGAAAUUAUGAAUAUCGAUUAAUUCUUCGUUGUCGACAAAUGGCUCGUGAUCGUUUUGCAGCAAUGCGUUCUGAUGUUCUUGUCAAGAUGGAACUACUCGAUCAAAAACAUGUACAAGACAUAGUGUUUCAAUUACAUCGAUUCAUUAGUGCUCUGGAAAAAUACCAUCAAGAUUGUGAUACGGUGAUGAAAGAAGCAGAUAUAUUUCCUAUUGAAGUCGAUCUGAACUUACCGUUCUUCAACAAAUCAACUAACAUUAAUGAUGAUGAUGAUAAUGAUGACGAGACUCAUGAAAACGAAAAUAAUGAAGGUAAUAAACAACAACAAACAGCAGAUGAUGAACUGUUGAAUUUUGCGGAUUGA